AUGUUCGUUGAUAUCGGAGAGGGUCGUGCUGGUACUCUGGGUACCCCUGGCCUCCGCGAGCCGGAAUCUUACGAAUCAAUUGCACCGUCUUUCCCAACACCACGGGUCGAGCAAGUGGAUGUUAUCCAUAUUACAUGGCAGGUCGAGACAAAACUUGCCACCUGGUUUUCAGGGAGGAAGAACUCAGACUUUGAGGAUCUAAAGUUCCUGUUAGUCAAAUAUGCUGCUGAAAUUGCGGGAUAA